GAAAUUCUUAUAUUAAUGAAAAGUUAUGUGAAUGCUCACCAGUUUGAAGCCGCUGUUAUUAAAUAUUCAUUGUUUGCCAAAUUUAACGUUUCUCCCUCGGUGAUUACAUAUUCAUUUUUAAUGAAGCAUAGCAUCAACGCUUCGGAUAGUUUUGAUCGUGCCCUUUCGAUUUACGCGGAUAUGCUCUCAAGCGGACUGAAGCCGGAUAGUGUUUGUUACUCGAUAUUUUUUAAAGGCUGCGCUAAAUUUCGAGAAGCAGAAAAGGCACUUGUUAUGUGGGAAGAAAUAAGGGAUAAUGUCAAGUUUACCCCACCUAUGUAUUCCGGUUUGAUUAAUGCAUUGUCUUCACGUUCGUCGUUACACGAAAAAGUUUUUGACGUUUUGCUGGAAAUGAAAGAAAAUGGUGUUGAAGUUAAUGAUUAUAUUCUCGGAGGCAUUUUGAAGAGCUGUGCUAAAAGUGGGAACGUUCGAGCUGCUCAUCUCGCUUUCAAUAAUUAUAAAAAUACACCCAACAAGUAUCAUUUUGUUGGAUUAUUAAACGUUUAUGGCGGGAAAAUAAAAAUUAUUGUAGACGACCUUAUGAAUGCACAUUUGAGAGGGGAAGUUUUGCACUUGAGCAUGCAGCAAUUGGAAAAGCAAAUAUUUCUUGACUCUUCAUCAAACCUUUCACGUAGUUUUUAUGAUACGUCCGUUAAUUGGAAAGUUUCCGAAUUGAUUGAUAUUUCUUCUCGUCGGUUUGCACAAAUGAAAUCGUUGAAUAUUUCGCCUGAUGUUGAAUUUAUCAAUUCCUUUCUUCGUGUUUAUUGCUAUUCGUUGCAAUACUCAACGGCUCUCGGACUUUUUGAAAAUAUGUUUGUUAAGUAUAACGUGGAGCCAAAUGUUUAUUCUUAUCGGCUUCUUAUAGAGCUUUGCAGGAGGGUCUCUCAGCCGGUGAAAGCUAUUCAACUUUACAACGAGUUGAAAAGGAGUUUUCCGGACUUUUCUAAGAAUUUUUUAGCCACUAAUAUAUGCAUUGAUGUCAUGUAUGCUGUUGUUCUUUCGGGAGCUUACAGGUACGCUGUUAAAGUUGCAGAGGAUAUUUGUUCUAAGGGAAUUUCUAUUCCGCCUCCGCAUACUCUCUUUCAACUGCGCUCCCUAAUGAUUGAAGGUAAUGCCGCCGACGAAUGGGAAAGUAUAAAAAGUUUAUUUCUCAAACAUGAUAAAUCGGGAAAGUGGUUUGUUAUAAUCACUCAAAAUAAAGAAAAUAUUAGAAAAUAUAAACCCAAAAAGCUACACCGAAUGGAAAGAGGUUUCCGUCGCAGAAAUUUAAAGUUUUUUGGAGAAUAA